AUUGAGGAAGCUGAAAAGAAUUGAGUUGAGAAGAAACAAUUAUUGAGUGAGUGAUAGAGAUAGGGAUUUAUCAGUGGUGGCAACUGCAGAGAAGGGAAUGCAGAGAAAUGAGAAUACAUUGGUUCACUCCGUCUGAGGCAGGUGGCCCUGCCAAAAGAAGAACCUCCGGCAGACAUUGCCAUCGGAAACAUGUCGAAGACGGGUAGUUACUAGCUAUUUUCUCAUCCAUUUUCGAAAUUCCCAAUUUCAAUAUCAAACAAACCCUAAUUUCUGCUGUAUAGGAUAGUUUUAUUAUUGUUAUUGUUAUAGUGUUGAUUGAGUAAGGAUGAGUGAGAAAGAGAAAGAGAAAGAGAAAGAGAAAGAGAAAGGUGUGGGCGAGGGACAAUCGACGUUGCUUCACGGGAAGUACGAGCUGGGUAGGGUGUUGGGGCAUGGAACGUUCGCGAAGGUGUACCACGCGCGGAAUCUUAAGACGGGGCAGCACGUGGCCAUGAAGGUGGUGGGGAAGGAGAAGGUGAUAAAGGUUGGGAUGAUGGAGCAGGUAAAGAGGGAGAUCUCGGUGAUGAAAAUGGUGAAACACUCCAACAUCGUCGAACUCCACGAAGUCAUGGCCAGCAAGUCCAAGAUCUACAUCGCCAUGGAACUCGUGCGCGGCGGAGAGCUCUUCAACAAGGUAUCCAAAGGUCGGUUGAAGGAGGACGUCGCCAGACUCUACUUCCAGCAGUUGAUCUCCGCGGUCGACUUCUGCCACAGCCGCGGAGUCUACCACCGCGACCUCAAGCCGGAGAACCUCCUCCUCGACGAACACGGCAACCUCAAGGUCUCCGACUUCGGACUCACCGCCUUCUCCGACCACCUCAAGGAGGAUGGGCUGCUGCACACCACGUGUGGCACGCCCGCGUACGUGUCGCCGGAGGUCAUAGCGAAGAAAGGUUACGACGGUGCCAAGGCUGACAUAUGGUCGUGUGGGGUCAUCCUCUACGUCCUCCUGGCAGGGUUUCUACCCUUUCAGGAUGAUAAUUUGGUUGCCAUGUAUAAGAAAAUUUACAGAGGAGACUUCAAGUGUCCACCUUGGUUUUCCGUGGAGGCGCGAAGGCUUGUUACCAGACUCCUCGACCCCAACCCGAAUUCCCGGAUUAGUAUCAGUAAAGUCAUGGAGUCUUCCUGGUUUAAGAAACCGGUGCCGAGGAAGGUGGAGGAGGUGGCGAAGGUGGAUUUGGAGGAGAUGUGUGAGAGGCCUGCCACCAUGAACGCGUUUCACAUAAUAUCGUUGUCGGAGGGGUUCGAUUUGUCGCCCCUGUUUGAGGAGAAGAAGAGGGAGGAGAUGAGGUUCGCGACGGCGGGGACGCCCAGCAGCGUGAUAUCGCGGCUGGAGGAGGUGGCGAAGGCGGGGAAGUUCGACGUGAAAAGUAGCGAGACGAAGGUAAGGCUUCAGGGGCAGGAGCGUGGGAGGAAGGGAAAGCUGGCUAUUGCGGCGGAUAUUUACGCCGUGACACCGUCCUUUAUGGUGGUGGAAGUGAAGAAGGACAAUGGAGAUACCCUGGAGUACAACCAGUUCUGCAGCAAGCAGCUUCGUCCUGCGCUUAAAGACAUCUUCUGGAAUUCCCCACAGAAUUCCACACCUGCAAUAGUGCUUGAGUGAAUAUCAAUGUACACUUGCAUAUGAUGUCUCAGUCUCGUUUUACAUCAUUUCUCGUUAUUUUUAUCUUUUUCUUGUUUAUCAACUUUGAGUUUUUAAGACAUGAAGGUAAGAUAUGUUAUUUUGUUUAAAUUCUUAGGAAUCAGCAACAACGUUGUGAUGAUGAUUCGAUAUGCGCGUAGAUUGAUUCUGUGAUGUUUUGUGUGAAUUAAGAUUUGUGUUUCUGUGAA